UCCGGGUAUUAGCGACAGCUGCCAUCCGGUUUUAUUGGCAGCCACUUCCUGCUGCCAGUGACAGCCACUUCCUGCUGACAGCUGCCGAUUUUUCGCUGAACCACCUCUCAAAAAAUUGCAGCAGACCCUCAAUGGCUGGAAUGGAAACUUACCUGGAAACUUACCUCUGAUAUCAAGCUGUGAGGGAGGAAUUUUAAAACAGAAGCACCAUCGAGGUUAAUGCUGGAUCAACAUGGCGGCCUGGAAGCUCCUCGGCACGGGGAUGGGGUUUCUGCAGUCGUCCUUGCCGAUUUGUAGACAGGCCUACAGAAGUUCACUUGGAGUGGUGGAGCAGGCCAGGAGCUACUAUGUGAACUGGAGGAUGUUGCGGGAUGUGAAAAGGAGACAAAUGGCAUUUGAAUAUGCAGAUACAAGACUGCGCAUCAAUGCCAUUAGGAAGAAUACUAUUUUGCCAAAAGAGCUACAGGAGAUAGCUGAUAAAGAAAUAGCCGCACUGCCCCGGGACAGUUGUCCUGUGCGCAUUCGCAACAGGUGUGUGAUGACAUCACGUCCUCGUGGAGUGAAGCGCAGGUGGCGUCUCAGUCGCAUUGUUUUUCGGCAUUUAGCGGACCACAACCAGAUGUCUGGAAUACAGAGAUCAAUGUGGUGAUCAGCUAUGGGAUUUUUCUAAAACCUUGCAAUGAAACAAGAAGAUAUUCCUGCAUAAAAUGCAAAGACAAAGAGCUGGAAAACCAACAAGCACCUGCUCAAAUGUUGUUGUUUCUUCUAUUGAAUAUUGAAUUGAUUUUUUUUUUUUUUAAAUGAUGGAAAAUGAUGUGCUAUUUUAUUGUAGAUACAAUAAAAAGGUGUUAUGUGAUA